CGCAGAUGUUGUGACAUUUCCUGCACCCUCCCUUCCAAUUUCCUAUUUCUUGAAUCCACUCCAUACACUGUAUCAAGCUGCCUUGUGGGGCCCACCACCCCCUAUCAAGGCUUUUUUGAUGCAGAGGACUGGACCUGAAGUUCUCUGUUCGUUGCUGCAACAAAAGACCCACAAAGGAAUAGAAAGCGAUUGAAAUCUUGCUAAGAAAAAAAAGAGGAGAAGAAGAAGUUAAAAUAAAAGAUCAGUUUUUUUGGAGUCUUCAAUCCAAUCUGACAAAUGGGUUUUUCUUGGUUUUGGAUUUGGUGCUGAAUUGGGGGAGAAUCGAAGUUUCGGGAUGCGGCGGCGGCAGGCCGAGUACCGGCGCCCAGUCCGCAGGCGCUUCUCGGGCUGGAUCGUCGGGCUUCUUGGAUUGUUCUUAGUUGGUGGCCUCACGCUGUUUGUUGUUCAUCACCGGCACCAAGACCAGUUCGAAAGGCCGAUUCAGGAGAAGGCUGUUACAAUCCAACAGCCUCCCCACGAUGCUUUGAAUUUCACCCAAGAACUACUGAGUGCUACUUCUUUCGCCCGGCAGUUGAGCGAUCAAAUGACACUAGCCAAGGCUUAUGUGAUCCUUGCAAAGGAGCACAACAAUCUCCAACUUGCUUGGGAGCUCAGCUCACAGAUUCGGAGCUGCCAGCUCUUGCUGUCGAAAGCAGCCAUGAGAGGCGCACCCAUCACAGUAUCUGAUGCGGAGCCUGUAGUUCGGAGAUUGUCUUUGCUAAUCUACAAGGCCCAGGAUGCUCACUAUGACAUAGCGACCACCAUAAUUACUCUAAAGACCCAUAUUCAAGCCCUUGAAGAACGUGCGAGCGCAGCAACAGCACAGACUGUUGCAUUUGGGCAGUUUGCCACUGAAGCAGUGCCCAAGAGCCUUCACUGUCUGAAUAUCAAAAUGACGGUUGACUGGCUUAGAAACCCAGCUCUACAAGAACUUGCAGAGGAGCAGCGAAAUUCGCUCCGGCUGGUGGACAACAACCUCUAUCAUUUUUGUAUAUUCUCAGAUAAUGUGCUAGCGAUUUCCGCCGUGGUAAAUUCUACCGUCUCGAAUGCCGACCACCCAAAGCAGCUCGUCUUCCACGUGGUCACAGACGGUGUGAAUUACCGAGCGAUGCAGGCUUGGUUCUUCGCGAACGAUUUCAAAGGGUCAACGAUAGAAGUGCAGAACGUGGAGGAUUUUGCUUGGUUGAAUUCCUCCUACUCACCCGUGAUGAAGCAGCUCCGAGAUGCCGACACACAGGAAUACUACUUCACGGGUUCUCAAGAUCCGAAGAGUGAAGUGAAAUUCCGCAAUCCAAAGUACAUCUCUUUGCUUAAUCACUUGCGUUUUUACAUCCCAGAAUUGUAUCCCAUGCUGGAGAAGGUGGUGUUUCUUGACGACGAUGUGAUCGUCCAGAAGGAUCUGACACCUCUCUUCUCCUUGGAAUUGCAUGGAAAUGUGAAUGGAGCUGUCGAGACGUGCCUUGAGGCGUUUCACCGCUACUACAAGUACCUUAAUUUCUCCAGUGCAAUCAUCAGCUCCAAGUUUGAUCCCCAAGCCUGCGGAUGGGCGUUUGGGAUGAACGUCUUCGACCUCAUAGCGUGGAAGAAGGCUAAUGUGACAGCCCGGUAUCACUACUGGCAGGAACAAAAUGCCGACAGGAUGCUCUGGAAGCUGGGGACCCUUCCUCCAGGCCUUCUCUCAUUUUACGGGUUGACCGAGCCGCUCGACCGGAGAUGGCACGUGAUGGGGUUGGGCUAUGACUCCAACAUCGAUGAUCGGCUGAUCGAGAGUGCGGCUGUCGUGCACUAUAAUGGGAAUAUGAAGCCAUGGCUGAAGCUGGCCAUCGGCAGGUAUAAGCCCCUGUGGGAGCGGUAUGUUAACCAUACACACCCGUUUCUGUUAGAUUGCAUCCGGCGUUGAAACAUGUACUUGUCCGUAUUGUUUCGGUGAGAUCAUAAUGCACAAAUGCCCUAUCGGGGUUAUCUCAUUCUUACAGAAUUGGAAGCAGAAGUUUCCGCUCAUUUAGGGCUAUUUAUUUUUUCUUUUUAAAUCUUUUUUUUUUUUUUUCAAUACAUGAGAAAGCAUGAAUGUAGUAAUAGGGUGGGAUUUGGGUGGGGAUUCUUUUGGUGGAAGAAAUUUUUGUAAUAAUGUGCUUUGUUGGAUUACAUGUAUUUUGGACUGAAUUAUUUUUCUUGUAAUUCAACCAGGUAAUCUGGUGAUAAGUGUAAAACAGGUGUUACUAGGCCCUGUCUUUUUUUUGGGGUCUUCACUCAAAAAUAUUGGGGGUGCUUAGCAAUUUGUGUAACUUGUGUGUACCCUUGUCUGACGAUUUUUUUA